CUCUCUCCCAUGUCGUGAGAGAGGAGAGACUUAACCUAACGGUUCCUCGAGAAUAGCUAGACGCUUCCAUACUCACGGGGUCACGGAUGUAGGAUUAUAUAGACUAUAGCAGAGCAGAAGAUAUGUUAUGACGCAUAUAUGACGGGCAUAUUAGAUCAGUAACCUGUUGAGUCCUGAAAGAAAAACACACAUGAUUCGCGGCAUUUGCCCGCAAAUCUACCGAGGCGCUCUAAAAAUUUGCUUUCAAUUAUACAAUGAAAAAUAAUGUCUAGUCAAGAAGAACCAGCAAAGAUAGAAUGUCCGAUCUGUGCCAAAGAAUUUGCAGCCAGUGUUAUUGAAGCUCACGCUAGCAAAUGUCUCUUUUUGAAUGAAUCCUCGAGCAAGAGUCAAGAGACUUCAAAGAGGGCAUCUUUUUUUAGAGGGGAUAAUGUUGCAAAGAAAGCAAAAGGAGUAAAUUUUAAAGGAAGUACUUCACCGAGCACUUCAUCCUCUACUAGUAGAUCAAAAUUCCUCGCACCAACUAUCCAGGAAAAUGACUCUGAUAAAGAAAGUUCUACUAGGUCCAAGGACACAAAACCAAAGGAUUCCAUUCCACUGGCGGAGAAAAUGAGACCAAAUAGCAUAAUGUCAUAUGUAGGACAAAAGCACGUACUUGGUCCUGAAACUAUGCUGUACCAAUUGCUGAGCAAAACUGAAAUACCAAACAUUAUUUUGUGGGGUCCUCCAGGAUGUGGAAAAACAUCACUGGCAAACGUCAUAGCAAACACGUGCCAACACUGUCCUGGAGGGAAAUAUCGCUAUGUAAAACUUUCUGCAGCUAUGUCUGGUAUCAGUGAUGUCAAAGAUGCAAUCACUAUAGCUUCUAAUGAACUGAAAUUUGGCCGUCGAACAGUUAUGUUUAUGGAUGAAAUUCACAGAUUCAACAAAACUCAGCAGGAUACAUUUUUACCUCACAUUGAAUCUGGCACUAUAAUACUGAUUGGAGCAACCACUGAAAAUCCAUCCUUCAGUUUGAAUGCAGCACUCUUAAGCCGAUGCCGUGUCAUAGUUUUAGAGAAAUUGACAAUUGAAAAUUUAACUGAAAUUUUAAUAAGAGCUAUUAAAGCUGCUGGCGGAGCUGUACAUGAUUUUGAAAAACCACCUAAUGCUUCUAUCAACAAUAAGUUUUUCAUUGACAGAGAGACAGUCAAGUGGCUUGCAGAAACAUCAGAUGGAGAUGCCCGCAUUGCUCUUGGAGGUUUAGAAUUAGCCAUACAUUCAAAAGUUCCUAGCAGCGAAGGGUCAUCAAGCAGUGGUUUGAAUUUUAUUUCACUAGAUGAUGUUAAAGACAGCCUCAAAAAAACUCACAUGCUGUAUGACAAAAAAGGAGACCAGCAUUAUGAUAUGAUAUCAGCUCUUCAUAAAUCAGUCAGGGCAAGUGAUGACAAUGCUGCCUUAUACUGGAUUACAAGGAUGAUGGCUGGUGGAGAAGAUCCUGUCUAUAUUGGUAGAAGACUUGUAAGGAUGGCUACUGAAGAUAUUGGCUUAGAAGAUCCAAAAGCCUUGGGUGUGGCUGUGCAUACAAUGCAGAGCUGUAAAAUGCUAGGCAUGCCUGAGUGUGAUGUAUUAUUAGCUCAAUGCGCAAUAUACUUAGCCAGAGCUCCAAAAUCACGUCUCAUGGAGGAUUCUCUCAGGGCAGCACAGCGUGUUGUAGCAAACUACAAAGACGCACAGCUACCGGUUCCUCUGCACUUGAGGAAUAUCCCUACAAGUAUUCUUGGUAAAAAGGAUAGAUCCGCACUACCUUACAUGCCAGAAGAAAUUAAAAAUCUGGAUUUUUUGAAUGGACAGUGAGGUAAUCAAAAUUUAUUUAUUGUACAUACCUACAGAAUAGUUAUUAAUCAAAUUUUAUACUGCGUUUUUCUACUGCAAAUAGUUAUACAUGCGCUGGUAGCAUAUAUUCAUAAUGUUAUUCAUAUACAAGUGAUUUCACAAAUAAACUACUAAUUUAUGACUCAA